AUGUUCAUUAACCCGUUAGGCCUAACAAAUACGGCCACGGCAACCGUGUCGUCAAAGUUCUUGACUUCUCUAACUAAAAUAUUUGCUGCCAAUCUAACAAAAUUUCCUCCUAGAGUGGCCGUUGCAUUAAGUGGUGGUGCAGAUUCUAUGGCUCUCCUAAAUUUGUUAGUAAAGAUUAAAAUGAAGAAGCUUAACGAUCUAAAAAUUGAUGCCAUCACCGUUAAUCACAACAUACGACCAGAAAGUACGGAUGAGGUCGACCAAUUAAGUAAGCUGAUAUCUCAUUUGCCAAUUACUCAUCAUGUUCUGGAGAUUAAGCAGAAAAUUGAUCCGAAACAGAUGGAAAGAACCGCCCGUGAGCUUCGCUACCAGCUCAUGCUAGGUGCUUGCGAGAAGCUGGGUAUUAGUGAUCUCUUUAUGGGCCAUCACCGAGAUGACCAGUUGGAGACGUUCAUGAUGCGCAUGCAGAGUAAUUCCACGUUGUUUGGUCUUCGGUCUAUGACACCAGUCAGCCGAUUCCCAAUGGUUUCUCCGACACUCGACUUGAAAGUUAUUCGCCCGCUUUUAGAGGUGGACAAAAAGGAGAUUUUGCAAUUUUGUAAGGAGAACGAACUUGUAUGGUUCGAGGACUCUACAAACUUUAUGCCCGAACUUACCAGGCGGAACUACUACCGUUACUUGUUGAAGGAUGAAAAAAAGAGACUUCCUCCAGUACUUCAUAAGGCCCGUCUCCUAGACUCUCUUGCCAGAAUUGAGAAAUUCAAUAGCCGUGUCGAGCGGGAAAUAGCAUUGAUGGACAGGUCGCUGACGAAGAAUGGUUCUGUCAAAUUCGAUCCCGAGACCAUCUCGCUUAACUUGAAGAUUCCAAAAGAUAUGUUUUCUCGUUUCAGCUUUGUCACUCUGGACAGAUAUCUAUUCCUUAAGUUGUAUCAGGUUUCUCCUUCAAAGAACUUUUUCCAUGAAUUUACAAAGGUCGAUAACAAGUAUUCUGCAUUCACUGAGAAUCCUUCCAACAAGAAGAAGAAUUCGUUAAUGCAGGACAUCAAUACUGGUCACAAACCAAAUAGAUUCACAGUCCUUAACUGUCAAUUUGAGGUGACGAAAACAGAUAAAUUCAUCGAGAUUUCUGUUUGUCGUGCAAACGAAAAUACCCAUCAAGGUUAUAACGUUAUGCCAUUCUCGAUGAAGGAGGGUUUCUCCAACUGGAUCUAUUUUGAUAAUCGUGUGUUUUUCCGUUUUUUCAACAAAUCCAUGUCCAAUAAUGGUGACUAUCGUUUAGAGGUCUACAAAGAUAGUGAGCAUUUGGACUUGUUAAAACAGGGGUUUGCCAAGUAUCUUGAUUUCAAAAGGUUACUCAACAACUAUAAUCUACCUGUGUUAAUCAAAGCAGGUCAGAAUGAUGAGCCAGAUAAGAUUGUUUGUUUCCCUACGAUUAGCAGAUAUGCUGAUGGUUUCAAUAAGGACAAUUUGAGUGUUGACGCUGAACUUAAAAGGGAUCUGGUUCAAGAGGACGAAUGA